AUGGAGUUGGUUAACAAGAAAAACGUGACAUCACCUAUUUGGCAGUUUUUUGGAUUUAAACCAGAUGAGAAAGGAGAGCCCAAGGACAUAACUCAAGCAAUCUGCAAAGUUUGCAUGAACGUUGUGUCUGUAAAAGAGUCUCAAACGACAAACUUGUUCGUACAUUUGCGAACUCACCACCCCGCCGAGGCUGCUAAACUAGCACCAAAAGAAGCUGCUGCAGUUACGGUCAGCAAAGUUCCGACUCAGCAAUCCAUCGUCGGAGCUUUUGCAAAAAGCACCAAGUACAAGCAAAACAGUGAAAGGUGGGCCCGAUGCACGGCAGCUGUUUCCAAGUACAUCGCGAAGGAGAUGGUUUCCUAUCAUACCGUUGAAAAGGAAAGUUUUAAAGAAUUACUUAAGACAUUUGACAAACAGUACGAGUUGCCGGGCCGCAAGUACUUUGCGAAAACUGCUAUCCCUGAUCUCUACAAUAAAACGAGGGAGAUCAUCGCAAAAGAUUUGAAAGUGGUUGAUUUUGUCGCUUUGACUACAGACAUGUGGUCAAGCAUAAAUAUGACCCCCUACAUGGCUGUUACAGUCCAUUAUAUUUCUGAGGACUGGAAACUGCAUGCAAAAUGCCUCGAAACAACAUUCAUACCAGAGAACCACACUGCAGACGUACUGUCCGAGGCGCUGAAAGAAGUUUUGCUCGAUUGGGGCAUAGAAGAAACUAAAAUUUCCUGCAUCACCACUGACAACGGGGCCAAUAUUGUUGCGGCCAUACGAGGCCUCAAAUGGCCAUGGCUAAACUGUUUUGGCCAUAACUUGAAUGUGGCAGUGAAUUAUUCACUACAAAAGGAAAAACCAAAAACUGACCGUGCUUUUGGCAUCUGUCGUUCAAUUAAUGGAGCAUUCUCUCACAGCUGGCAGAGACGACGAGAGCUCCGCAAGGCGCAGGAACAGCUCAAUCUACCUCAAACCAUGCUGAUAACGGAUUGUGCAACUCGUUGGGGAUCAACAUAUGCCAUGAUAAUAAAAAUCCUGGAACAACUCCCUGCAAUCAAACGGGUUUUUGCUGAUGACAAGAGUCGUCGCACGCUCCCAAACGUAACUUGGCAGGACAUUGCGAUACUAGAGGCUGUCAAAGAUGGGUUGAAGCCUGUAGCAGAAUUCACUGAUAUUUUAUCAGCUGAGAAUUAUGUGACCGUCUCAUCUCUGCUGCCGAUGCUGCGUCUAAUGACGAAUAUUCUGAAAGAGGAGACGACUGAUGUAAAGAUGACGGCAGAAAUUAAAAAAGGAAUCUUACAGAAACUUGAUUCGAAAUAUGAUGACAGCACACUUCAGUUGUUGCGCAAAGCCACCCUCCUUGACCCACGCUAUAAGGUGGACCAUAUUGAUGCCGAACACCUUGAUGUGCUCAAAAGUCAGCUUGAGGUUGAGAUGGUAACAUUCUGGAAAGAAAAAAACAAGCCACCUGUACGCAUCAGAGUGGAGGAGGAGGAAGAGGAGGAAGAAAAAGAAGUAGAUGAGGCAGCUGCUGAGAUGCAGCCGGCUAAGCGGACCAAAACACUGGGACGUCUUCUGGGCAAAAUAAAGCAGUCUACGUCCGCAAUACCCGCAGACCAGCGAGCAAAAUUGGAGAUCACAUCCUACUUGCAAGAGGAAGUAAUUGAUGGGGAUGACAAGCCACUAGAAUGGUGGAAAGAAAACGGAAGCCGCUUUCCUUUACUGGCAAACAUGGCUAGAAAAUACCUGUGCAUUACCGCAACCAGCACUCCAUCGGAACGCGUGUUCAGUGCAGCGGGCAACAUAGUAACUCCCCACCGCAACCUUCUCAAACCUGAGAGAGAAUAA